GUCCCGGGCCCGUGAUGGCGGAGGCGGGCGCGGGCAGCCCGCGGCUGGCGGAGCUGCUGGCGGCGGGACGGCGGCUCUUGGAGGAGGUGGAGGCGGGAGCCGAGCCCUCCUCGGGCGCCCCGGCCGUGCAGGACAAGGUGCGGCAGGGCUUGGACGCGCUGCGGCUUGCAGCCACCAUGGUGGCGGAGCUGGAUCUGUUCAGUGAGAACGAGGAGCUGGAUGAAGUCGCCUCGGCCGACCUGAAGUUCCUGCUGCUCCCCGCGCUCCAGGGAGCCCUGACGCUGAAGCAGGUGGACCUGAGCAGCAGGCAGCAGCACCUGGAGAGUGCCCGGGAUCACUUCCUGCACUUCCUCAAGCUCUGCAGGAGCUACGGGCUGGGAACGUUCCAGCUGCCUCCCACCACUCCCAGGGAUGAGGGAGCCGGGAGCCCCCCGGACUCGGGGAACCCCCCGGGUGCCCAGCCCAGCCUGGUGGCCAUGGCCAUGAGCAGGAAUGCCAAGAUUGAGAGGUACAAGCAGAAGAAGGAGCUGGAGAACAAGUUGGCCUCCAUGAGGAGCUUCGUGGAGGGUGGGACAGCAGAUGAGGAUCAGAUCCGGGAGUUUUACAUCCUGCAGAUCCAGAAAUGGAUCAGCACCAGCCUGGAGGAGCUGGAGAGCAUCGACCAGGAGAUGGUGAUCCUGAAGAACAGGGAUGUGGCCAGACAGACUCCAGCAGCCCCCCACGGCCUCUCCCGGCCCGUCAGAGCCCCAGUGAGACCUUUCAUCCUGACCCGUGACGCUGCCCAGGCCAGAGUGUUUGGAGCUGGUUAUCCCGGCCUGCCCACCAUGACUGUGGACGACUGGUACGAGCAGCGCCGGAGGCAGGGAAUUGUGUCCGGGCAGAGCGUCCCUCAGAGGGCACCAGCAGGUGUAAGUGAUGAAGAGCUGCAGAAGCAGCAGCAGGAGAAAAAAGAGGAGGAGGAUGAUGAGGAAGCUCUUCAAAAAGCUCGGAACUGGGAUGACUGGAAAGACACACACCCCCGAGGCUACGGCAACCGGCAGAACAUGGGCUGAGCAGGGCCUGGAUCCUGGGAGAAGAACUUGGACAGGGAGAGAGAGAGAGAGAGAGAGAGAGAGAGGAGGGAAUACAGUGUACAUAUGUGGAGCAUCCGGGAAUCCUCCGGGAGCCGGAUCAGAGGAGGACACGUGACCCCUUGCUUUGGUUUGCAUUCCAUGUCAGACUGGGUGCACUGGUCGUGCUGGGAGGUGCCAGAGCUCUGUGAGGGUCAGGCUCCCUCUGCACUCCCAGGCAGAGGCAGCCCUCGGAGGGGGAGUCCAUGGAUUUGGAAACUGCUCUUUGUAUUGUGGGUGGUUGUAUUUAUUAUUUUUUUUUCUCUCUAUUUUAAGCAAAAUAAACUCUCUUUGUGCUGCCUAA